UAACCAAAACAAACAUUUUAUUUUUUAUAUUUUCUAAUUUUUGCUGUGUAAUUGAAACAUGGAUUUGCGAUUAUCAACAUGCAAGAUUCAGAUGACAACGUCAAGAUUGAUCAUCAUAACGAUGACAAUGUUGAUGAUGAGAACCGGAGACUCGAUGAGAUUGGAUCUGGAAUCAGGCAUGACCAAAUGUAUCUCAGACGACAUCAAAAUGAAUUAUCUGACUGUGGGUACUUAUUCCGUCGUCAAUCCCAACGAAGCUAUCCAUCUUCCUGCUUCCCACAAAAUUUUUGUCACUGUGGCGUCACCUAAAGGGCACACUCAACACCAAGCAGAAAAUGUGGAGUCUGGGAAAUUCGUUUUCACGGCGGUGGAAGACGGCGAUUACACAACGUGUUUUAUUGCUCCUGUUUUUAAACCUCCGGCCAAAUUCGCCGUUGAUUUCGAAUGGAAAAGUGGCGUGGAGGCUAAAGAUUGGGCCACCAUCGCCAAGAGAGGCCAGAUCAACAUGCUGGAGGUGGAGGUGAGGAAACUACUAGACGUGACGGAGUCUAUACACGACGAAAUGUUUCUACUCCGGGAGAGGGAGCGGGAAAUGCAGGAGCUAAACCGGUCGACGAACUCGAGAAUGGCGGGUCUAAGUUUAUUCUCGUUGGUGGUUACGUUGUUUGUAGCCGGUUUACAACUAUGGCAUCUCAAGUCAUUCUUGGAGAGGAAGAAGCUUCUCUAAUCAAACAAGUUGUUACUCUUUUAUCGGAUUUUGGUGUUAUCCAUUUUAGCUUCUUUUUUACUAAAUAAAUCACUUUCUUUAUCUUGGAUUUUCAGAAUCUAACACUCCAUUUUCUGGUUAUCGUAAAGUAAGAUCAUACAUUUCGUACUGAUUAGAAGUCUUGUUGUGUCACAUAUUGAAUAUUUUCUUCUUCUGCUGGUCGCAUAAUGGAACUAAGAUCCGGCUAGUCAGGCAAUUAAGCUGUGUUGUUUUGUAACGGCCGGGAUAGUAAUAGCCGGAUUGGUUAAACCAAAACACAUCACUAGGAAACUUAUAAUGCAUAGAGUUUCAUGACUCGUUCAAGUCUCGUAGAAGAUAGCACAAAUGGGAACCAGAAAA